AUGGACGCUCUUGGCCUACCCACCCUUUUCCACCCUCCCAACUCUCCUGACCUCAAUCCCAUUGAGCAUGUAUUGGCAGAGCUCAAGCGGCGUCUCAAGUUGCUCCCAACCCGUCCUAGGAGUGUUUCUGAGCUCUGGGAGGCUGCACAGCACGUGUGGGAAGAGAUACCACAAGAUUUCAUAGACAAGUGUAUAGAUUCCAUGAAGGCCAGGAGGAAGGCCCUGAGGAGCAACUUUGGUGGCGCUACUCGCUAUUGA